AGUUUCAUAUGUUGCUUCUGAUGUUGGCAAGGGGGAUUUGACUAUGAAUAGAAUCCUCCAUGUAGUCCUUCACUAACAAAGGGUUGGACUACCUAACUGGAACAGUACUCUCUUAGUGUAACACCUGACGACCACUGAUGGUGACCUUUUUAUCAUAUUCUGGUUCUUGUGUCCAUCACUCUGCGGCAACAAAUUCUGAACAGGUAAGAAGGCUGCAGAUCAUUUCUACUUCGUUUGAGUGAGCAUUCUGCUACCUUUUGCUUUCUACUGUAACGAACAUGGACACUUUCAACAGCAAUGCACAAUAACCACAUUCCUACCAAACCAAAAGGACCUGUGCUGCUUGUUUUGCUGGUGGCUCCUCGAGAAUCUGUUCAACAAACACUACUUGUUUUAAUCCAGAUGUUUGAACUAACAUAGGAACAGUAGAAGGUUCUUUAGGUCAGAUAGAGAAGAAUAUAAGCAUAGUGACAACAAAGAGAAUCUCCUUACUAUUUUGUGCCUCAGUUUGUAGUCUGUAGCUGAAGAUUUAGGCACAAGAUGGCCUGUGAGAAGAAGAGUGUAAGCAAUUUCACCGUCAAGGUUGGAUUGGUACUGCUUGCGGGAUGCAUUCUUGCGCCGAUCUCACUUGCGACAAUGUUCCGGCAUUAUGCGGUUCCUCUGCAAACAUUGAGCUUAUUGUUUUCAGUAGGUUCUGCUUCUUCAGUAAUGUGGGGAGGGGAAAGGAUUGGGUCUCAUCGUUCAGGCAGAAACGAAAGGCCCGUGCUGUGCGACUUUUCGAGCUCGAGGUCAGACGUGUGCGAGCUGAAAGGCGACGUCCGCGUCCUCCCCAACGCCACCAUCGUGCUCCACCAUCCCUUGGCGAGCCGUCAAUCAUGGAGGAUGAAGCCGCACGCCAGGAAGAACGACCGCCACUCGCUCGCCCGCGUCACUGAGGUGACGGUCACGUCGUCGCACGCCACCAACCGCGCUGCUCCCCGGUGCACGGCCAACCACACCGCCCCGGCCGUCGUCUUUUCCGUCGGCGGCUACGCGGGGAACAUGUUCCACGACCUGACCGACGUCCUCGUCCCGUUGUUCAUCACCACGCGCCGGUUCGGCGGCGACGUGCACCUCCUCGUCAGCGACGCCCAGCCGUGGUGGCUCGACAAGUUCCGGCCGCUGCUCCGCGGGCUCUCCCGCCACGAUGUCGUUGACAUGGACAGAGGAGGCAGGGGCGUGCUCUGCUACCCCCACGUGGUCGUCGGCCUGGAGUUCCACAAGGAAAUGAGCGUCGACGCCGCGAGGACCGCCGGCGAGUACUCCAUGGCCGACUUCGCCCUCCUCGCCCGGCGAUCCUACGGCCUCACUCGGGACACGGCCAUCCGCCUCCACGGCCGCAGCGACGGCGACCGCUCCUCCGGCCGCCCCCGGCUGCUCCUCAUCUCCCGGAGGUCGACCAGGGCGUUCACCAACGUCGGCGCCAUCGCGCGGGCCGCCACCGCCCUGGGGUACGAGGUGGUGGUGGGCGAGCCUGCGCGGCACGCGGAGCUGCCGUCGUUCGCGCGGGUGGUGAACUCGUGCGACGUGCUGGUGGGCGUGCACGGCGCCGGGUUGGCGAACCUGGUGUUCCUCCCGGCGGGCGCCGUGGUGGUGCAGGUGGUGCCGCUGGGCGGGCUGGACACUAUGGCCGCCGAGGACUUCGGCGCGCCCGCGCGCGACGCGGGGCUCCGGUACGUGCACUACCGCAUCGCCGUGGCGGAGAGCACGCUGGCGAGGCGGUACCCGCGCGACCACCGCGUGCUGAGGGACCCCGCGGCGGUGAGGCGGGAGGGGUGGAUGGCGCUGCGGGCAGCGUACCUCGUCGGCCAGAACGUGACCCUCGACGUCCGCCGGUUCGGGGACGCCCUGCGACGCGCAAUGGAGCUUCUCCGCUAGACGGACGUCGUAGGCAGAACAGACCGCACGCUGCGCCGGCACGAGGCCAAGAACGAAGACACCGUCGAGAUCUUCAACGGCACCAUGACCGGCAGCGGCCGAUGCGAAGAUCAGGUCGUGGGGUUUAUGGUUUGUUCGACCUGCAAUCCCGCAUUGAGAAGUUUCAGGAGUUGUUCUCUGUCGUUCUGUUUCGUUUCGGCUACUCUUCGGUGAAUGGUUGACACUGAUGGAACGAUGGUAUAGUAGUAUGUUGUCUCAGAGAAGAAUGUAAAGCAGUACAGAAGCAUGCCAUCGGAUGAAACGAAUGCUGAAGUUUCGCAAUCCACUUCGCUAACAGAAGUCAAAGUGUGCGCAUAAGGGAGUUCAGACUCUGUCAUCAUCUUUUGCACCAUCUUCAAGACAGGAAUGCAUCCUUGGAGCCUUCGUCAUGGUUUAGACAUGUUUGCCAGCUCCAAUGGCUUCCGGGUCAAUCCCUAAGAAAUGAAACACUGCUUCGAUUUCUAUCGAUAUGAAAACCUUGUAAACUGUUGGCAUAUUACUGAGUGUCAUGAUAUUAUGC